CGUCUUUUGUGGCGGUGUUAUCGAUAAGUCAGUCUUGGCAAGCCAAGGAACUUUCUUUGUUUAGCGCGAUGGUGGCUGGCAUCUUUUUGAGCAGACGCGAUCAUUCGCCAUCAUCGAUUGCGGAUGCACAUAUCAUCAUCUUCGGAUUAACACAAUUGACCAUGGCUGUACCCAGGAUAUUUUGCCGUGGGCGCUGCCUCUUUGCUCGGACAACGCCUUCCAUACGCGUUGCUCAGUCAGCUAUCCCGUUGUUCAGAACGUCAAUUACGAAGCGAGAGUUCACUGCUAGCCAAUCGAGGUGGGAGAAUAUCAUCAAGACACCGUCGAGAGGACCAGAGAUUGCACUUACUGAUGCGCGCGCUCCGACAUCAAGCUCAUCAUCAGGGCUCGCUCUCUUGAAUGUGCCGAAACGACUGACAAGAAGAGAGAUCGAAGAUCUACUACGAUCGAAAGGAUGCACCAUCAAGAGAUUACAGAUGCGUCUUGAUCGCUUCACUUUCCAGAACGACACCAUGUGUUUUGUGGAACUUGGAAGCGGAGCAGAGGCUGCCAAGGUCAUUUCAGAGCUUCAGGAUGUAGAGAUUCAGCGCAAGAACCUAAAAGUCAAGCCUCUUAAAGACGACUUCGUUUGGGGUCCUGUGCAGGAGAAGCGAGACCAACCGUACCCUACUCGCUACUUCUUUGACGAGGGCACCGCCGCUGCACUCGAAGCUGUACGCCCAUUGCUCGAAGGUCGUCGCUUGAUGGUUAGAGUCCAAACACCCGGUUGGACGCCCAAUGCUGGCAUAUCCAAACAAAAACAGAACGCGCAGCGAAUCCUUGAUGAGUACUUCGCCAAACAUGGUACCAUCGAACGCAUCAGUGACUUCUCGCCAUUCUAUGGCGACAAGAAAGCAGAACCGCGCCUUGUUUGCUUCAUCGAUUUCGCGACCAAAGAGGGCGCAGAUAAAGCGAUCGAGAACAUCCACAACAAGGAAAUCGAGGGUCGCUUGACGUGGCUGACGCGUUCUGAGACGAAUCAAUGGAGGAGCCAUCAAAUUGGGAAGGUAGCCCCAGAGGCGCUGAAACAACUACAAGAAAGUGGUGUGGCGCCUAAAGACGAAGAGCUCUACGAGGACAAGUUUGUCAAUCCGCUACCGAAGAAGGAAUAAGGAAAGCCACAAUGGCGGAACGCUUGUUUUACAUGAGUUGAGACCUUGUCCACUUACACGAUAGUUUAUUGUCAGCAAUAUGUUGUACACGCAGGCAUUCAUCGACCUUUGUACAAUAAAGAGAAUUUCAACAUUAUACGAAGAGGAUGAUUAAGAUGGGCGGUCCGCAGGUAGGCAAUGCGUACC